AUGUCGGGCGACAAACUCCUGAGCGAACUCGGCUAUAAGCUGGGCCGCACGAUCGGCGAGGGCAGCUACUCCAAGGUGAAGGUGGCCACCUCCAAGAAGUACAAGGGCACGGUGGCCAUCAAGGUGGUGGACCGGCGCCGCGCGCCUCCAGACUUCGUCAACAAGUUCCUGCCGCGGGAGCUGUCCAUCCUGCGGGGCGUGCGGCACCCGCACAUCGUGCACGUCUUCGAGUUCAUCGAGGUGUGCAACGGGAAGCUGUACAUCGUCAUGGAGGCGGCCGCCACCGACCUGCUACAAGCGGUGCAGCGAAACGGGCGCAUCCCCGGGGCGCAGGCGCGCGACCUCUUCGCGCAGAUCGCGGGCGCCGUGCGCUACCUGCACGACCACCACGUGGUGCACCGCGACCUCAAGUGCGAGAACGUGCUGCUGAGCCCGGACGAGCGCCGAGUCAAGCUCACCGACUUUGGCUUCGGCCGCCAGGCCCACGGUUACCCGGACCUCAGCACCACCUACUGCGGCUCGGCUGCCUACGCGUCGCCUGAGGUGUUGCUGGGCAUCCCCUACGACCCCAAGAAGUACGACGUGUGGAGCAUGGGCGUCGUGCUCUACGUCAUGGUCACUGGGUGCAUGCCCUUCGACGACUCGGACAUAGCCGGCCUGCCCAGGCGCCAGAAGCGCGGCGUGCUCUACCCUGAGGGCCUGGAGCUGUCCGAGCGCUGCAAGUCCCUGAUCGCCGAGUUGCUCCAGUUCAGUCCCUCCGCCAGGCCCUCGGCGGGCCAGGUAGUGCGCAAUAGCUGGCUACGUUCCGGGGACUCCGGCUAGGAGCUGGGGUUCCAGGGCUGCACCGCGGACCCGCGCAGUAGAGGGGCCCCGCUGCGCAC